CUUGCCCCGCAUGGUCACACAGAUGACCAGCCAGGCUUCCGCAGAGGCCAGGCCUCCCAGGGCCGGGCCAAAGAGCUUCCUGCCCGCGGAGAUGAGUGGCGCCUCAGGACUACUGGGAACAGCCGGAGUCCCCCUGGCGUCCCUGACCUGGCCGCUGCCCAGCCCCGAGCCAGCUAUGCCCGUGCUGCCAGCCGGGCCACAGAUGGACCCCGUGGGGAAUGGAUCCCAGGAGGCCCCCCGGCUCUUUCUCACCACCGCGCUGGCCCGAGGCAUCUCCGGCCUCUUCGUGUGGGCUGCCCUGUUCAUCACCUGCCACCAGAUCUACCUGCACCUGCGCUCCUACACGGUGCCCCAGGAGCAGCGCUACAUCAUCCGCCUGCUGCUCAUCGUGCCCAUCUAUGCCUUCGACUCCUGGCUCAGCCUGCUCCUCCUGGGAGGCCAUGAGUACUACGUCUACUUCGACUCUGUGCGGGACUGCUACGAAGCCUUUGCUAUUUACAGCUUCCUGAGCCUCUGCUUCCAGUACCUGGGCGGCGAGAGUGCCAUCAUGGCCGAGAUCCGGGGCAAGCCCAUCAAGUCCAGCUGCGUCUACGGCACCUGCUGCCUGAGGGGCAUGGCCUACUCCAUCGGGUUCCUGCGCUUCUGCAAGCAGGCCACGCUGCAGUUCUGCAUGGUGAAGCCCAUCAUGGCCUUGGCCACCAUCAUCCUCCAAGCCUUCGGCAGAUACCGUGAUGGGGACUUCAGUGUCCGCAGCGGCUACCUGUAUGUGACCCUGGUCUACAACGCCUCCGUCAGCCUGGCCCUCUACGCCCUGUUCCUCUUCUACUUCGCCACCCGGGAGCUGCUGCGGCCCUUCGAGCCGGUCCUCAAGUUCCUCACCAUCAAGGCCGUCAUCUUCCUGUCCUUCUGGCAGGGGAUGCUGCUGGCCAUCCUAGAGAGGUGUGGGGCUAUCCCUGAGGUCCAGGCCAUUGAUGGCACCAGAGUGGGGGCUGGCACGCUGGCCGCUGGCUACCAGAACUUCCUCAUCUGCAUUGAGAUGCUCUUCGCCUCCCUCGCGCUGCGGUACGCCUUCACCUGCCAGGUGUACUCAGAGAAGAAGGACUCUCCAGCUCCCCCAGCGCCCAUGCAGAGCAUCUCCAGUGGCCUCAAGGAGACCAUCAGCCCUCAGGACAUCGUGCAGGAUGCUAUCCACAACUUCUCCCCUGCCUACCAACAGUACACGCAGCAGGCCACACAGGAGGCCCCGGGGCCUGGCCAAGGUGGACACCCCUCUCCUGGCACCCACCCCUGCUCUGCUAGUGGCUCUGACAGGGGUAGGAAGAGCCGAAACCUGGAGAAGCACAUGCUGAUCCCUUCAGAAGACCUAUAGAGGCACUCGGGGCCUCCAGGGCCUGACUGGGGACCCAGGCUGCUCAGGCCUSAGGGAAAGGACAGACCCCCCCCACCGACCUUCUUGCCAAAGGUGCAGCCUCCACACUCAGCCCAAGGAUCAGCGUGAGGGGUGGGCUCUCUUCCCUGGGAGAAGACACCUGGACAAGUUGGACAAGCCCGAGGACCUACUGGGAUGACCUGGACAUCACCUGCAGGGUGGCCAAURUGGGGCAGGAUACUAAUGUGACCACUGAGGCUUUGGCUACAGAGGUCCCAGGGGUGCUGCAAGUUGGCUGCUCCUUCCACRUGACAGGCAGAUAGAUGGAUGGUCUGAUGCCCCCAGGCAGCUGUAGGAAGAGAUGGCCAGGGGACAGCUGGGCAGCCUGGGACAGCAGAGGAGACAGAGCKGAGGGCCUGUGCCUGCUGUGGCCAUCUUGAGCACACGAGGAAGGCUCAUGCUGCCCUCCACACUGCAGCCACGGGGAGCUCCAGCAAGGWCCCCAUACCAGGGCACUCCGGCCAUCGACGGAACCACCAGGACUUGCCAGUGACUCGCCCUUAUU